GGGUUGGAUCGGCAGAGGGCAUGGGCUCUAUAAAUUAACCGGCUUCGCCAACGUUCUUUUAUGAUAGCAGGAAUUCCUCAGUGGAGGCAGCUAACAACACAAAAGAACUCCUUGGCUUUUUAAAAAAGCGUUUUUACUCGUUUUGGGCUACGACCUUUUCUUAGGACUACAUUUUAUUUAUUCUUGUGAUCGAAAACGUCCGAGUAGGCUGUGAGUAAAGUGACAAAGAAAGUUUGUCUUAGAGUGAUAUUGGUUUGCAGCUUAUAACCUAAUCGGUUUAGUUAUUUUGUCUUUGAGAAGAAGGAUUUUGAGGAAAACGUGAAAGAUGCACCCCGAAGAGAGCACUGGGUACAGCUAUGAGGAGUGCCGUGCCACAGCUGAUUGGCUGAUGGCCCAGAUGGACGUGCGCCCCCUGGUGGGAAUCGUGUGUGGCUCUGGUCUGGGAGGACUCGCUGAGAUGCUGAAGGACCAGGUGGCCUUCAACUACAAAGACAUCCCCAACUUUCCCCAGAGCACAGUUCAUGGCCAUGCUGGUCGACUGGUGUUUGGGACCCUGAAGGGAAGGGCAUGCGUGUGCAUGCAGGGACGCUUCCACCUCUAUGAAGGCUACCCCAUACAGAGGAUCACCCUGCCAAUGCGGAUCUUCAAACUGCUGGGUGUGGAGACGGUGAUUCUGACCAAUGCGGCUGGUGGCCUCAACCAGGACUACAGGGUGGGCGACAUCAUGAUCAUCAAGGACCACCUCAACAUGCCUGGUUUCGCCGGCAACAACCCACUGGUUGGCCCCAAUGAUGAGAGGUUUGGAGUGCGCUUCCCCUGCAUGUCAGAUGCGUAUGACCGCGAUCUUCAACAGCUGGCCUUCGACGUCGGGUCAGAGCUGGGCUACAGCGACUUCCUGCGGAAGGGUGUGUACUGCGUGCUGGGCGGGCCAUCAUUCGAGACCAUUGCCGAGUGCCGUAUGCUGCACAAGCUGGGCGCUGAUGCCGUUGGAAUGAGCACGGUUCACGAGGUCCUCGUCGCCCGCCACUGUGGCAUGCGCUGUUUCGCCCUGUCGCUCAUCACCAACCAGUCGGUCAUGGACUACGAGAGUGAGGAGAAGGCCAACCACGAGGAGGUCCUCGAAACCGGCAAGCUGCGCGCCGAGCAGCUUGAACGUCUCGUCGCCAACAUGGUCAUGCGCAUCGAGCGCAACAAUAACAAUGACGACGACAUCAACCUACAUUAAGCUGAUUGCAUGUGGCCUGUUCCCAGCUUGACUUGUACAUAGAACAUUCCCCCAACCCCACCCUCCCCACCCCCACUACCCUUAGGUUGGGGGGGGCAUAAGA